GUCUCGUCCAUCAACCGAGUCCUGAGGAACCUUGCCGCGCAAAAGGAGCAGCGCCAGCAGCAGCAACAGCAGCAGCAGGGCGUCGCGGCGGUCGGCGUCGGCGUCGGCGCCGGCAGCCCUGCGGAGAGCGUCUACGAUAAGCUGAGGCUUCUCAACGGCCAGACCACAGGCUGGCCAAGGCCCAACCCCUGGUACCCCUCCGGCGCCGGGAGCCCCUUCCCCUCGUUGCAGCCUAGUCUCAGUCCGAGCCACUGCACGGCGCUGCCUCCGGACCCCGCGGACAUCUUGCACGCGAAAAAGG